GUCUCUACGGCAAACAGAGGCAACGUGAAUGAUACCUAACUUCUUAUAAAAUAGGAUGAAAGGCAUAGGUUUACCUGACUAUAUUUUACCAGCUAACAAGGAAUAAUCGAGCAUAUAGGAAAUGCAAUUAGGUGACGACGAUACUGAGCAUCUUGGUUGAACCCGUUUUCAUCUACCCAAGGUUGAUGUUUAUACCCAACAGCAAGAAGUGGUAUUUAGUCUCCUAGGUCAAGGAUACAGAUCACUCACGUAGGAAGUCCUACAGAAGUUUUAUCCUUCCCAUCUUCCAGGAUUACUUAUCACCAUGUUCACCCCGACUACUAUUCCAUACUUUACCCAGUUCUACCCCAUUGGCAAUACUCCCGCGGUCAGCCUGACGAGAGGCUUACCCCAGGGGAUAGAUGCUGAUAUUCUUCUUCUUGGAUGUGGCGACAUCCGUAAUAUUCUGUUCACAACGUACUCCGAACGAGGAUUCCCAGCAAGAAGGCUUGACAUUACGUGCUGCGAUGUUGAAACCGCCAUAAUAGCAAGGAAUGUACUUCUCUUUACCCUUCUCGUCGACGGUACUAGUGCCAAGAUCGCAUGGGAUAUUUAUUUCCAUUUUCACAUCGAUGAAAACUCCAAAAAGCUCAUCCAGGAUCAGGCACAGAAGAUAGUGUCGUUGUCAAGCAGUAUACAUCAGUGGAGCGAAGGGCCCUAUGGCUCGAUGUUGAAAUUCUGCGACGCAAGCUCGCUACAAGAAGUCAGGCAGGUCUGGAUGAAGUACGCGUCAGCCCAGUCUAAAACUAAGGCUAGCUUCGAGAAAGACCUUGAAAACACUCGAAAGCUAUUUAGGCUUAUGAGCGGCCAGCCUGAGGGACAGCCCGAGCUCAUUCUAACUGGACUCAGAUCCGCGGCGCCGUUAUCGAUCGCGUCGAAGGAUGGGAUUUUAGAGGCCAGAGAACGCUUUUGGAAGCAUGGCAGUCUUUCUGAACACCCAGGAACACUUCCCAAUCCGCUAUUCUCUGAGUCUGUGUCCCCAAAUACGUACCUUCACUAUGGCACAGACCCCAUUCUUGGAUUUCAUCUCGCAACCGCUAAAGCGAACCUAGCACCGGGGUCCCCGCUUCGUCCCGAGCCUGAUGACGGCGAGAUCCUCAACGUUAUCGCUGCAGCGAAGACUCAGUUUCGCGAGUGGGUGGCGGCAUUCCGAGAGGUACCGGAAGGGGGCAUAACUCUUAGAUUCAUCGUAUCGGAUGCCUUAUCCUUUAGCCACGCCCUACAGACCAUUCCAACUUCGAGAGGCAAACCAACAUGUAUUUUUCGCCGACAACUCGAUAUAAUUCCUAUCGAAUUCGACCCUAAAGCUUACGCUACGCCCGGCUCGGCACCAACCAAAUUCGACGUCAUCGAUACAUCGAAUCUUGCCGACCAUCUCGGUGCACUAAAUCUAUUAGUAGCAACCGCACCUCUAUUGAAGAAAUCAGCGAGCUCCACCCUAUGGACAGAGAAGUUGGUCAAGACAGAAAAGACGCGGAGGCAGCAAUUUGACGCUCUAAUGCCUGGUCAUGCCCCGACGAUAUCCAUACUUCUUGGUCUAGUCCCAGUCGACUUUUGGACUAAUGCUACAUCCGUAUCGUGCGUAGAUGAAAUCUUGUUGAACACUCUAGGCACGUCAACUCAAGCCCAGCAGGCGCAUUCGAGAUUGGCUUGGAAAUUGAGCACAUCUUUCUCGCAAUCACCCAGUGAUCUUGAGGCUUUAUAUGUUGAGCCACAUGCGCUCGCCAGUGCGGUUUUUCAAGUUUACAUACAAAUGUUCGAGAGUGAGGACCCUACGCCACUUCUAACAGCAAAUCGCGAAGAGUUGGCAAGGAAGCUUCUACGCCCUGGAUAUCCACUAUUCCAUCGAGGCAGCUUUGUGCUGUUCAUGAAAUUUAUCCGGGCAAAUACUUCUACCACUUGGUCGUCCUUCUGGGAGCGCUUGUUGGAAAUGAUAGGCCAAGAUAGCCUAGACGAGAGAACUAUGCGAAGCCUUUAUCGUCAGGAAUUGAGCGCUCAACUGCAUAUACAAGGCCUGUAUACCGAAGAAUGGAUGAGAAGAGAAAUAAGAUCGAUACCAAGCGCGGGUGGCUUCCACGCAUGGGACAAUAUACCAGAAGUGGUCUGCGUUACAGUAGUGGUGCCGAGAAAACAUAUUGACAGAUUAUACAACACCGAACAGAGCAAGUUUAACGCGCCAACGCUCGAGGGCAUGCUCAAGUCGAGUAAUCCAGUAGGCUGGGAGAAUUUCUUUGCUGGUGUACACGCUGUAUUUGGACAAGUUGAAACAUCAGGACGCCGCGAGAAUGAGAACUUCUCGAUAACCAUCCAUCAGGACCCUCUGGGCUGGCAGGGAAAGUCACCUCUAGUAGCUUCCUUUUACGUGCCAUCUACCGGUCUUCAGGUUGAACCAAGAGAUACUCGAGUUGGUCUCCGCGUUCAGAACACACCCAUGAGCAUUCACACCUUCAAACACCUCUUACCCACCAUGGUCGUACACGCGACGACAAUCACCGAUACUUCUAACGUCUUUGUCACGAAAUACGAACCGGGAAUGACUGGUUAUCCCUUAGCGGGUAGCUACGAGAAUCCUAUAGUUAAGAGCGCCGUCCAGACGGGUGCACUUCCACCUACCCGAAUUACCGCGAACUUUGAAAGCGAUAGGAUUAAGUCCCUAUGUAACCAUGUCGAUUUUUCUUCGCAAAGGGCUCGAAAACUUCUAGCUGAACGCGUCCCCGUGGAAUUGCAACAAUCGUCACCAUUCUCGAUAGAUAUCGUAUUCGGUGAGAAACUCCUAGUCCAUGUCGCGUCAUUCCCAGCUCCGGUUCUCAAGGAAACCGCCAAGACACGUAUCGCGCGCACGUCGGGUUACAUUGAAGUCAUUGCACCCCUAGCAGAUCCCUUGACUUCGGGGGCGUUAUCGUCUUUCAUCUAUCCCAUCACGCUCGGGGAAAAUUCCGUGCCCAUACCACUCAACAGUCAACAGGUUAACCUAGACUCUUUGCCAAUCCUCGAUGUGGAUCAAGUUCACAAAAAAGAAAAUCGAUGGCUAAACACACUUACGUCUCACCAAUUCUCCGUCCGUGAGCGAAGAUUGCGAGACUCGACAGAGUCAGCUUCGCUGCGUAUGAACUUCAAAGAGUCGCUCUUUUCCAUUUUUAUGCUAGCUUCGGGGCUUCAAGGUGGAAAUACUGGGCUCUUCGCACUUCAGCACCCUGUAGAUGGAAACCAAGUCCUCAUCUUCGUUCGCGCCAUACGUAUCAACGGCGCAGAGGGGUCCGUGGUGGCAGAUGCAGCAGUAAUCCCUUUCACCAGGCAGCUAAUUGACUCCGGAGAAAUUGAGACGUUCCUUUAUAUCCUUCGCGAACUAGAGAUAUGCGCCAUCAACGUUAAUGACGAAGAGCUCGUGCUCUGGAAAGAGGUCCUCCCCGCAUUCGCCGAGCGGUGUCGCACGUGGAGCCACGGUCCUAAAUGCGAAUACAAAAAGUCCCGUGCCACGAUCCCGCUUAGCACGGAGAUGGGAAAGCAAUUCAUGUGCAGCUGCGGCAACGGCAAGCUGCCCGAGGGAUUUAUAAGCCUGCCGGACUGGGAUAGCGCAGCAUCCAAGUACGCAACCCGCGUAGCAAUCAGCCCAACCUUCUCAGUACCUUUCGUUGAGGAUAUUGUGGACCUAGAUUUGCUUAGUGCCCAAGGAAGCCUUGAGCGUUUGCACAUGGACAAGUGUCGCAACUGCAACGCGACGGAGGGUAAGAAUGGAGGGAAUCUCUUGAAAUGCUCGAGAUGCAAGGAGGUCAUGUACUGCUCGUCAGAAUGCCAGCGCAAGGAUUGGAAGAAGCAUCGGAUGGAGUGUAAGGCUUACGAUGUGUCGUAGUCGGGUUGGCGAGAAUGCACCUAGAGACGGGAUCGUGCAGACCCCAAUAGGAUGAGAAAUUGCCAAUAAUACGACAUACUGGAUCCCAUGAUUUUACCCCCGGAAUACUUGUCCAUGCCGUCUGUACGGGGUUCUCCAAACCCAUGUGCCUCGGCUAACGAGGGUCUGUCUGCGCUGGGCUUAAAGUCACCGGCAUUUGGGCUUACUUCUAAUCGAGGUAGUAGCCUCUAGAUUAACGUCGCGCUUGUAUAUAUGACUUAGAUUACUGGCAGCUCCAUAUGUAAGGUCCAAUAUUGCCGCCAUGCGUUUUCCGCGUAUUGUAAGGCACGUCGUUUAUCAGUAACAAGCGCUAAUAGUAUAUGAGUUAUACCAGAAUCCCUAGGUGGUAUUGCCCUUUUCGAGCUAUUCUAGCCGCGGUAAAUUGAAUGCCGAAUAAAUUCCUCCAAUUUUGAUUAACAAUCGUUCCUCUGCCGCCAUCGACAUGGUUCGAGACUAUGCGCCACGUUGGGGGUUGCCGCGUUAUCGUAUGAUAGCCACGCGUUCGAUGUCGUCUGCUUCGCUUAUAAAGACAGUAGUUAUAGCAGACAAAUCUUGUAUUUGAGGUUACGAUUGGGAU